CUGAGUGAAGAGACGAAUCAGGGCUUUAAUCCCAGGUUCAAACCUGAGAAAGCGAGAAUUUACGAAUUCCAUCCAGUUUUCACGCGUCUGAGUAAAUGGACGAAUCAGGGCUUUAGCCCCCCACUCACGUGUAAUAAUCACCAUACAAAUCACACCUACAACAUGCACUACCUCUCAUGACUCAAUAUACAACAAUGAAAAACAAUCAACCAACUUUCAUCUACUUCAAAUCCAUUCUUUAACCCAUACCCUUUUCCGAUCCAAACCCAUAUUUGACCAGACCCACAUAACCAAAAUGAUCGUCAAGCGUUCACUUCGCACGUUAUUCCCCGCCGUUUUUGUUUUCGCCGCCGCCGCCGUCACUCUGUACAUCCGGUUCAUCCCCACCGACGCAAUACGACCACAGAACGUGUUUAACGACACUUUGCUGACGUUUGCUGGAGUUGAUUUGGGUGAUUUUUCAUUGAGGCAUAACGUCGAACAAUUGGUGGGCGGAGAUUUCCGAAACACUAGAACUAAUUUCCAGCGCUCGUUUAGGUCAAUUGGACGUUACCGGUUGGAUACUGGAGCUAGAUCUGUCAGGGGUGGAUCAACGGAGGUUAAUUUGCAUCAAAUCCAGAUGAUUUUCAGGCAGAAUUUGGAAAAAUGGUGGCGAAACCGUCGGUUUGACCCGGAUGUAAUGUCAAACAUGGUCAACGAUUUGAAAAGUUCGUUGACUGUUGGGAGGAAGUAUAAGACUUGUGCUGUGGUGGGUAAUAGUGGGAUUUUGUUAAAAACCAAUCUUGGUGAAGUAAUUGAUAGUCACGAGUUCGUAAUUCGGUUGAACAACGCACGUAUCGGCGGUUAUGAACGCUUCGUGGGGUCGAAAACGAGCCUUUCGUUUAUGAACAGCAACAUACUACACUUGUGUUCGCGUAGAGGCGGUUGUUUUUGCCAUCCGUAUGGCGAAAAUGUCCCCAUUAUGAUGUACAUGUCUCAACCGAUACAUUUUCUCGAUUACAUUGUAUGCAAUUCGUCGCAUAAAGCGCGGUUAACAAUCACCGAUCCGCAGCUUGAUGUGUUAUGCGCGCGGAUUGUUAAGUAUUAUUCGGCGAAAAGAUUUGUUGUGGAAACCGGGAAGGGGUUGGAAUCAUGGAGUUUGUUACAUGGUGGGCCCGAGUUUCAUUACUCGUCGGGUAUGCAAGCGGUUAUGCUUGCGUUGGGGGUUUGUGAGAACGUUAGUAUCUUCGGGUUUGGUAAAUCAGGUGGAGCGAAACAUCAUUAUCACACGAAUCAGAAAAAGGAGCUUAGUUUGCAUGAUUAUGAGGCGGAGUAUGAUUUCUAUGACGAUCUUGUUAAGAACCCGAAGGCGGUUCCUUUUGUCUCGGAUAGGUUUAAGUUUCCGACUGUUGUAAUACAUAGAUGACAAAUUGACAAUGUUGACACAAUGUUUAGAUGUUUUUAGAUAUGGUGAUGAGUUUCUAGUUUUACAUAGAUUGAUUGAUGUAAUUACAUUUUGAAAGAUAUACAAACAUAUGUGGGAAAUUUAUGUUUGUUGUUAUCAUUUAAA